AUGUUAUCUCUGCUCGGCGUGUUGGCAGGGAUUGUGCUGCUCAUAUACAUCUAUGUUCGCUUCAACGACCAAGGAUUGUCGCACCUUCCGUCAGAAGCCACAGCGUUCGCACCCAACCGGUUCACACAGCACGUCGUCCGUGAAACUGCUGAAAAGCUUAGCAGCUCUCCGAAAAUUGUAAAAGAUGUACUUCCGACAAAAACUGGACGUCGGUAUAUCAUAGUUGGUGCUGGCUUCUUGGGCGGCUGGAUCAUCAUUCAACUUCUGGAACGGGGCGAAGAUCCAAAGAAGAUCAGAAUCCUGGACAUACGUCCUCCGACUCGCUCAGAUCUUCGUACCGGCUUGGCCGCGCAGGUUGCUUUCUUCCAAGUAGACAUAUCUAACGCGAAGGCUGUGGAUGAUGCUUUUCAGGCGCCGUGGCCAGAUUGCGACGCUUCGGAGACAGCACCAGAGGUCACAGUCUUUCACACCGCUGCCAACAUACGCUUUUAUGAGCGUCAUCUCACGCUACUUCCGCGUUCUUCCAAAGUCAACCAUGAAGGGACUCGAAAUGUGAUCAAUGCAGCACGAUCCAUAGGUGUCACGGCCUUGAUAUAUACCUCAUCUGGAUCUAUUUCUGUUCGCCGUUCUCGCUUUUGGCUAUGGCCUUGGGAGAAGCAUCCCAAGUACUUUGUCCAAGUAAUUAAUGACGACGAUAACCUCAUUCCCAAAUACCACGACCAUUUCUUCUCAAACUACGCCGCUUCUAAGGUUCUUGGAGAGAGAGCAGUGAGAGCUGCUGAUGGAUCUCGAUCUGGCGAGAAGACACUGCGGACGGGAUGUAUCCGCCCUGGCAAUGGUGUGUUUGGUCCCGGUGGAGAUCUAAUGUGUGGUGCCUACCUAGUACGCAAGCACAACCCCACCUGGGUUGAUAAUAUCAUGCAAUCCUUCGUAUACGUGGAAAACUGCGCCCUAGCCCACCUCUGCUAUGAAGCACGUCUCCUUGAAACUGCAAGAGGAGGACCUAACCCCGACCUCGGUGGGCAGGCAUUUACCAUCACAGAUACUGGUCCUCCAGUCACAUUUAGCGAUGUCUACGUAGGAUUGACGACACUGGCUCCUGAAACUACGUUCACACAUAUGUCACCCACCCUUAUGCUUUUCAUAUCGCAGAUCAUAGAGGUCCUUUACCUCUCGCGCAUAUUCCUGUCAAUAUCUUCGUCGCCUGUGCGACGCACACUUGCACAUUUUAUACCCAACAUCGUCGGAGAUACCGUCAAUCUGCAACCAUCCUUGUUCGCGCUCGCAGCUGUGCAUCUCAUUUUUGACGAUUCCAGAGCUCGAUUGCCUCCUGAAAAGGGUGGAUUGGGUUAUCAUGGCCCGUUCACGACUCUGGAGGGGCUUUGCAGGACAGUGGAGGAGCAUUUAAAAGCUGGCGAAAAUGGGGAAGAGAGAUCACACUCCGGUGGUGUUAGCUUGAAUUGUUUCCGGCUUAGAAAGGUUCCGAAGGAGGUGACUCGGAUAAGCAAGAUGGAGAAGAGGGUUAGUGAGCGGUUGCAUGUAGAAGCUGUUGAUGUGGGGUGA